UUAACCAUGUAUAUGCAUUCAAAUGCAUGAAAUUGUAACAACAGUUAAAUUACAUUUUUUGUAAUAUAUUAUAUUAUAUUAUAUUUAUUUGAAAUUGUCAAAUGUCAGUAUGUGCCAAUUAUUAUCGUUACAUUUGUUUCAUCAAAGAAUCUUCUGAUCUUUGAUAUCUUAUACUGUGUUCGAUCGAGUCGCAAUGGUGCGAGGGAACAUAAAUCUCUCACGACCAUCUCGAAAAAAACGAUAUGUCGACCCCAUGACGGCUGAAUGAUUUUAAUGAUUUCCAUGUGAACAGAUUUUUUAAUCCAACUUUAUUAUUCUAAAGGGAAUAAACGUUGAAUCAUCGCGUGUUAAAUGUUCAAAAGUAUUUAACAGACAACACAGGUAACGUUGACUCACGUAUAUAGUUAAUGAAAUGGGUAGUGCUUGGUGGCAGUGUGCUGCAUGUCUGAGAGCACAGGAAGAAGAUAUUUGUGAAUUACAAUUAAAUCAUUGUAAUCUUUACGAUGUACCACCUGAUGUGUUCAUUUAUGAGAGAACAUUGGAGAAAUUGUAUCUUGAUGCCAAUAGAAUAAAGGAUCUUCCAAGACCACUCUUCCAGUGCCAUGAAUUGAGAAUACUUUCCCUUAGCGAUAAUGAAGUUACUGUUUUACCACCCGCCAUAGCGUCAUUAAUUAAUCUUGAAUAUCUAGAUUUAAGCAAAAACACUAUAAAAGAGUUACCAGAUAGCAUAAAAGAAUGCAAAAAUCUUCGUUCUAUAGAUAUCAGUGUUAAUCCUUUUGAAAGAUUUCCUGAUGCUAUUACGCAUAUUGUUGGAUUACGAGAACUGUAUAUUAAUGAUGCAUAUAUAGAAUAUCUUCCAGCUAAUUUUGGGCGACUAUCGGCUUUAAAAACGUUGGAACUUCGAGAAAAUAAUUUGAUGACGCUUCCCAAGAGUAUGAGCCGUUUAGUAAAUCUGCAAAGACUCGAUAUCGGUAACAAUGAUUUCACUGAAUUACCAGAAGUUGUUGGUGAUCUUAUUAAUCUUACCGAAUUGUGGAUAGAUGGUAACGAUAUCCGACGUAUAUCUCCAAAUAUAGAACAAUUGUAUCGUUUAAAUCAUUUUGAUUGCACCAUGAAUGCAGUACAUCUUAUCCCAUCGGAAAUUCGAGGAUGGAGAGAUAUUUCGAUAAUGAAUCUUUCGUCGAAUGAAAUUUAUCAACUUCCAGAUACGCUCUGUUAUUUACGUACAAUCGUGACACUUAAAAUUGAUGACAAUCAAUUGAACGCACUGCCAAAUGACAUUGGUCAGAUGUCAAGCUUAGAAGAGCUUAUAGUCACUAAGAAUUUCCUUGAAUAUUUACCUUCUUCUAUAGGACUUUUACGAAAAUUGCAUUGCUUAAAUGCGGACAAUAACUAUUUGCGAUGUUUACCACCAGAAAUUGGAAGCUGUACUGCGUUAUCUUUGCUUUCGUUAAGAUCUAAUAAUCUCACCUGUAUACCACCAGAAGUUGGCCAUUUGUCCUCGUUAAGAGUACUUAAUCUUGUGAAUAAUUGUAUUAAAUUUCUACCAGUUUCUAUGUUAAAUUUAACUAACUUAAAAGCACUGUGGUUGAGUGAUAAUCAAAGUCAACCGUUGGUUCCACUACAACAAGAAUUUAAUUGUGAAGAAGAAAUGAUGGUACUGAGUUGCUUUAUGUUGCCGCAGAAGCAACGACAAGAUCUUGAACAAAUGGCACAAGCUGUAGGACCAAUUUCAAGCUCAAUAAUUGGAACUGGAAAAAGAAUAUGUUUUGCUGCUGAGGUAGAAUCUGAAGUCCCUAAUCAACUUCAUCGAGCACCUACUCCCUAUCCCAAAGAAUUGCGUAAUCUUGCCAGGCAUGCCCGCAAUUUACAUCAUCAAACUACACAAGACCAAAAAAUGAAUUUAGAACAGCAGACAAUGAUCAAAGAAGCUAUCAUCACAAAAGCUACAACUACAUUAGAAAAUGCAUCCAAAUCUGGAACUUCUUUCUCCCAAGGUUUUACUAAUAAGAGUUUAUCUUUAUCAGUAUCGACGAUUGAUCAUCUACCGAAAGAUUACAAGAUUAAUAGUUCAGUAAGAUCAAUAGUACAUCAAGAUAAAGAACAUUCCAAUUCAGAAGAAUCUUCAGACGAAGCUAACAAAACCGUACUUGCAAAAGAAAAAAGUCCUGAUAUUCGGGAAGCAAAAUAUAUACGCAAUCCAUCAUCUGAUUACAUUGCUAAGACACCUACAGUAGCAGAUUAUGUAAAUUCAACUUGGAUGCCAGAUGAAUAUUCUAAAGCAAAUAUAGCAAAGAUCGUUGAUUCUGAUAAAUUUAUAGAACCGUUUAAUAGUACUUCUCUUAUUAUCGAUGGCAAAAGUUAUGAUCAAGUAAGAUCUAACGAAUUUCCACCAGUUCCACCGCCAUAUCACAUUGCAGCUGCAUUCUCAAAAAAGGCUGCACUUUUUCAACAAUUUAAUAAUAUACUACAACCAGAGAAUCAUUUAACAAACUUACAAAAUACAUCUAACAUGUCCAACAUUGAUGAUAUUCAACGUUCAAAUGGAAACGUAGAAUCUGUCCAAAUAGAAGAACUUGUUAAUGCAGCUGUGAAAAAUCCUACAUUCGACGGUAAAGAAACAAAUAAUGGUUCAGUUAAUAAUGGAAAAAAAUUAUUACUUAAUACCAAUGAUCUUGUUUCAUCGUCAGAAACAACAACAACAACAACAGUAACAACAACAAAUCUUGAUCAAACAAUUGAAACUGAUCGAUUUUUUAAACCAAGUAAAAUUCCAGUACCAAGAGCAAAACACUCUGAUACUGUGAAUUUGAAUAGCAACAAUGAUACGUUGAAUAAAAAUGUAAAUUCGAUUAUGGAAGAGUGUGACUUGCCGAGGACAUUAAACGUAUUAAGUAUACCGACGUCUCCUAUUACGGGGAAAAAAUAUAGAAGUCCGCUUAGUUCACAAGAAAAAACUUUAAAUCAAUUGAAGAAGAUAACAAAUGGCAAUAUUUCGAAUAAUAAUAUAUCAUGUGAUAAUACUAAUCCAUCGAACAUACAAAAUAUAAACUUCACCGAUAACAAGAUUGAAAAUAUGGUUAAAAACGAAACUAAUACAAGCGAUACUUCUCAUAAUUCGGAUUCUUUCGUUACAAAUUGCGUUGACGUUGAAAACGAUGCUAGCUCCGACAAAAGUACGUCACUUUCAGCUAGUAACAGAUCAUUAAACAACACUAAUAAUUUAGAUAAAGUACAUAAUUUAUCCAAUGAGCAAUUGACGUUAGAAAGAAGACCACGAUUUAAAUGGAUGUUCGGACCUCAUAAAAAUGCAAAUGUGUUGCCUGUACAAGUAAGAAAAAAUCCUGGUCUUGGAUUUAGUAUAGCCGGUGGUGUAGCAGGAGCUGAAACUGGUAUUAUUGUGACAAAAGUUAAUCCCGAUGGUCCAGCUCAAGGUACUCUUAGACCUGGUGAUAAAAUUUUAGAGGUUGACGGAAUAGAUUUCACCAAAUCUGAUCAUAAUAAUGCAGUUGCCGUUCUUCGAGCUACAGGUGCCGUGGUAUCUAUGAUGAUCAGUCGUCAUCAAUGAUGUAAAAUUCAAAAUCUCUCUGAGAGAGUAUAUGCUAUAAAAAAAAAAAAAAAAAAAA